GUUACUGUUCGCUUCGCUUGGUUUGGUUCGGCACCGCAAGUCGCAGUGUCGUGAAAAAAAUUCAAAAUUUCCCAUCAAAUCUCGUUGAAUCUUCUCAAAAAUGACCUUCGAUGCAGCCACCCACGACGACGGACCCGGAUUCGUUGGUAUCCGGUUUUGUCAGGAAUGCAACAACAUGUUAUACCCGAAAGAAGACAAAGAAAAUAAGGUCCUGCUUUACGCCUGCCGGAACUGCGACUACAAACAGGAAGCCGACUCCAACUGCAUUUACGUGAACAAAAUUAUGCACGAAAUCGACGAACUGACCCACAUCGUACCGGACGUGAUAUCGGAUCCGACGCUGCCCCGGACGGAAGAACAUGCCUGCCCCAAGUGUACCCACCGGGAGGCGGUAUUCUUUCAGGCACAGACCCGGCGAGCUGAAGAGGAGAUGAGACUGUACUAUGUGUGUACGAAUCCCGGAUGUUGCCACCGUUGGACUGAGUAAGCAAUGAGAUGAUUCAGAUCGACAGGAUUCCGACGGAAGGAGAUUCGCACUGGGAAGUACAUUUAAUUGUUUCGUUGGGUUCAAAAAGAUUCAAUAACAAGGCCCAACUCGGCUGAUGAGAAAUUUCAAAA